GAGAUAUCGUAGUAGACGCAACCAGUGCGCAAGAGUACCUGUAAUUGCAAUAUAUUUUAAUUAAUUACAGUUGUAAUUGGAUAUUUUUGAUACUACAAUGUGUAAGACUACUACCAAAGAGUUUGAGGUCGCGGAGACGGGGAAGAAGAAACCGUAUACUGCUUCUGUUGAAGAGGCGUUGUCUAUGACUGGUUUCGGCAAGUACAACUUCGGUCUCCUCCUAGUAUGCAGCUGGACGCUACAGGCAAUGGGCAUGGACAUGUUUGGCACCAGCUUCGUGGUGGCGGCAGCUGUCUGCGACCUGGAGCUCACGCUGCAGCAGAGGGCGUUGCUUACUGCUAUGCCGCUGUUAGGUGUGGUGGCAGGAGCUCAACUCUGGGGCUAUGUCUCCGACACAAAGGGACGGAGGCUGACGCUCGUGCUGUCCAUGUCAAUCGGCUUCGUGUUUGCAGCCCUCAGCAGCUUGUCUCCCAACUGGCAGACCAUGGCUGUUCUCAAACUGAUCUCUUCUACUUUUACGUCAGCCAGCAACUCCGGCGCAUACACCUUGCUCGGAGAGAGUUGUUCUGAGCGCGCUCGCGGCCGUGCCAUGUUGCUCUGCACAUGCGCUCUCAUGUGCUCACAGGCUACUGUCGCUGUCUUCGCCUACCCAAUCCUACCUCUCGGCUUCGCGUACCACAUCGACUUCCUGGGCAUCACGUACCGUCCAUGGCGUCUCCUUGCGCUGGUGAUGUCUCUCCCCUGUGCGACGACCGCGUGCCUGUUGCAGUUGUUCCACGAGAGCCCCAAGUUCCUCGUCUCCCAUGGCCGGUUGGAUGAAGCCCUGGAUGUCCUGAAGAGCAUCUAUGCGACUAACACUGGCAAUGCGGCUGAUAGUUUUCCUGUAAAAAAGCUAUUGGAAGACUCUGAAAACCAGUCCACCGAAGCUAAGGUUUCGUUCUUCAGGUCGGUUUGGCAGCAGACGGUACCUCUCUUCAGGGCACCGUUGUUGAAGGAGACUCUCAGGCUCUUCUACCUCGUUGCUGUUAUUUACAUGACUGGCAGUGGCUUCAUCCUCUGGUUGCCCUACAUCAUGAACAACCUGUUCUUCGUCUUGGAAGCUGGUGGUGGUGACGGCAUGAACCUGUGUGCUGUUAUCAAGUACCCAUCUGUAGCUGGAUUUACUAGUGGAAAUAUGACGGACGUAGAAAUCUGCGACGAUACGAUCCAGAACACAACCCUAUUCUCCGCCAUGACAUACGGCGCCUUAGCCAGCUGUUCCAACCUGGUUCUCUCCCUCACGUGCGGCAGUCGGAAGCGUCUCGCCAUGAUCUGCAUCAUGGCCAUGUCGGCCAUAGCAGCUAUCCUGUUGAAUGUCGUAGCUGUGCCUUUGGCGGGAGGAAUAUUCUUCUUCUUCUUCCUCAUGUGUGCGCUGUCUAUGGGCAUCUUGAGUGUCUACUUCGUGGAGUUGUAUCCGACUUCUUUGAGAGGGAUGGUGUCUUGUCUGUCUGUGAUGCUGGGCAGACUGAGCGCGUUUUUGGGAGUGAAUGCAAUAGGAGCCCUGAUCUCUACCAGCUGUGAAGCUACCUUCUAUGGCUGGUCCUUGUUAUUGAUGAGUGCAAUAGCAGUGGCCUGGUUCCUUCCUCGGGACAAAGCUCCUAAGCAGUGAAGAUCAUCACCUCAUUGGAUCUCCAGAAGACUGAAAAUACUUACUCUUAGAUAUUUAGUGUGAAUGAGCUAGAAUGAUUUGUUCCCAUGGAGAAACAAAUGACUAGCGGAGAUGUCAUAACGUAAAAUUUUCUAAGAAAGUAGCGCGCCAAAAUGAGAGUGUUCGGGGGACGAAGAACGUCCAUUAGAAGUAGCCCAUUUUUUUCAAAAUAAGACCAAUCUUUGAAAGAUUGAUUGAUACAAGGAACCCGAACACCUCGUUUGUUCUAGUAACUGAUCACGCCUAACUUAAGUUAUAUUGACUCUACAAACAGGUGCCUGACAUACCUACCUUUCUUAUGGUAUCUCCGCUAUCUUUCCUUCCUCCAUGUUUGUUCCUGAAAAGCGACUGACUGAUAAUUUUAUUGAAUGCAUUUGUUUAGUUUUAGAAAUCGUAAGGGUAACUUAGAUAUCUCAAUAUGUUUACUGUACUGUUACAGCCUUUUUAUCGUACCACUGCUGGGCUGCGGCCUUCUCUCACAUGGAGAAGGAUUGAGCAUUAAUCACCACGCUUGCUCAAUGCGGGUUGGUGAUUUCAGACUUAAUAGUCCAGGUUUCCUCAAGAUGUUUUCCUUCACCUUUUUAUCAGCCAUUGGUGUCCAAGAUAUACUUAGAAACUGUAACACUAGUGUAAUUUUUACUCUUCUUGUACUCGGAAGAUUGUAAGAUAACCUGGAUUUCAAAAGUCUGGAAUCGUCACACAGUCCUCCGUAGUCAUUUAAUGCUCAUUCCUUCUCUGUGUGAGAAGAGGUCUGAGCCUCUUCUGUCAUCAUCCUUCGAGCCUUUUCCCAACUAUGUUGGGGUCGGCUUCCAGUCUAACCGGAUUCAGCUGAGUACCAGUGCUUUACCCGGGCAACCCGAUACCGCUUAGUUAGACUGGUGUCAGACUUACUGAGCCUCUUCUGUGUGAGAUUAUUAUAUCUGUAUUUGUAUUUAAGCAUAAGUUACGUUAUUUUUGUUUUAAUGUACCUGAUAAGGUCUUGAAAUUAAUAUAUCUACGUAAAUGUAAUAAACAUUGUGUUUAUUGUUAUAAUACAGAAUGUUUUUUAUUUAAGUGAUUAUUGAAUAUUAAUUAAACGGACUGUUAAUAUACAAUCUUUUUUGUUUGC